AUGUCGGAGCCGGAGCACCUGGGCGGGAAGCGGGCCGAGUCGGCGCGGCUGCGGCGGGCCGAGCAGCUCCGGCGCUGGAAGGGCUCCCUGACGGAACAGGAGCCGGUGGCGGCGGGGGGCGGCCGGGGCCGGCAUCGCGGCGCCGGGGGGACCCGCGUCCGUUUCGAGGAGGGCGCCGUCUUCCUGGCCGCCUGCUCCAGCGGGGACACCGAGGAGGUGAAGCGGCUGCUGGGCCGCGGCGCCCGCAUCAACACCACCAACGUGGACGGGCUGACAGCCCUGCACCAGGCCUGUAUAGAUGAGAACCUGGACAUGGUGAAGUUCCUUGUAGAAAAUGGAGCCAAUGUGAACCAGCAGGAUAAUGAGGGCUGGACCCCUCUCCACGCAGUGGCAUCGUGUGGCUACCUCAACAUAGCAGAGUACUUAAUUAGUCAUGGAGCCAACGUGGCUGCUGUGAACAGCGAAGGAGAAGUCCCCUCUGACAUCGCAGAGGAAGCAGCCAUGAAGGACCUGCUGCUGGAACAAGUGAAGAAACAAGGUGCAGACCUAGACCUGGCCAGGAAGGAGGAGGAGCAGCAGAUGCUGCAGGACGCUCGGCAGUGGCUGAACAGUGGCAGGAUUGAGGACGUGAAGCAGCCCCGGACAGGCGCCACGGCUCUGCACGUGGCUGCAGCCAAGGGCUAUGCAGAAGUCAUGAGGCUCCUGAUCCAGGCUGGCUUUAACCUCAACGUGCAGGACAACGACGGCUGGACCCCGCUGCAUGCUGCUGCCCACUGGGGGGUGAAGGAAGCUUGCUCCAUCCUGGCUGAGGCUCUGUGUGACAUGGACAUCAGGAACAAGCUGGGGCAGACCCCAUUCGACGUGGCUGAUGAGGGACUGGUGGAGCAUCUGGAAAUGCUGCAGAAGAAGCAGAGUGUGCUGCGGAGUGAGAAGGAGACGAGGAACAAGCUGAUAGAAGCAGACAUGAAUGGCAAGCCUCAGAGCAGGAUCUUCACCAGCAAAGAGAAGAUCCUCUAUGAGGAGGAGACACUGAAGUCCAUGGAAAUGGAGGAAGAGAACAAGGACUCCAGCAGUUCUAGUUCUGAAGAAGAGGAGGAAGCUGAAGAUGAAGUUUCGGAAUCAGAUACUGAAAAGGAGUCAGAAAGGAAGGAAGAGACCUUUGACAACCACUCCAGCCAUGAAACCAGGCCUAGCAUCACUGAGCAAAUACCAGCACCUGAGCCCAACUCCUUCACUGCAUCUGCCAGAAGAUUCAGCUGGCUCAGCAAGGCAGAGGAGCAGAAGGAUGAGUCCCCUUCCUCCUGGCGGCUGGGGCUGCGCAAGACCGGCAGCCACAACAUGCUGAGCGAGGUGGCUGCCACCCGAGAGGCACAGAGGGAGAAGACCUCCUCCAUCUACCGCUCCUCCUCCAGCCCUCGGAUCUCUGUGCUCCUCGACAACAAAGAGAAGGAUAAAGACAACAAGAGCUACCUUGCCACCAUAGCCCCCAGAAGAUUGAGCAGCACAAGUGAUAUAGAAGAGAAAGAAAACAGAGAAUCUGCUGUGAACCUGGUGCGCAGCGGCUCCUACACGCGGCCACCCUGGAGGGACGAGCCCAAGGCACAGGACCCUCCUCACUCUGGGGCUCCCACCACCUAUGUCUCGACCUACCUGAAAAGUGCUUCAUUUGGUAGAAGUAGUGACCUCAGCAGUCCCUACAUUUCAGCCAGUCGCAGUACAUCUCUAGCUACCUCACCCACUGCCAUUGCCUCAUCUACCUCCCUGGGCACCCCGUGGCAACCUGUCUCUUCCUGCCCCACAGCUCCCGGCGCGAGCACUGCGGCAGCCUCCCGCCAGCACUGCAGAGCCCCUUUCAGGCAACAAACUGAUUCUGCUGUAGAGAAAACCCCAGAGGGCAUCUCUGCUAGCAGCCCUCUGGGUGUAAUCACAAACUGCGCCAGGCUGGGCUCUGCCAACGGUGUGGCGAAUGCCGGCGCCGCUGCCAGCCCAGGGAAGGACCCAGCUGAGGAGGCCAGGGAGCGCCGAAGGUCAUACCUGACUCCGGUGCGGGAUGAGGAGGCAGAGUCCCUGCGGAAGGCUCGGUCCAGGCAGGCUCGGCAGACACGCAGGUCCACGCAGGGUGUGACACUGACAGACCUCCAGGAGGCAGAGCGAACCUUCAGCCGGUCGCGGGCGGAGCGCCAGGCGCAGGAGCAGCCCAGCGAGAAGGGAGAGAGCACAGAGCCCGCCCCGGACGGCGGCGACAGGCAGGAGGGUCGGGCACGCUGGAGCAGGAACACCGAUGAGGAGAACAUCUACCGGCGGCUGAGGUGCCCGGCCCAGGCAGACAAACCAACCACACCUGUGUCCCCCUCCACCUCAGCACCUCUCCUCUACACAAGCUCCUACCUGACUCGAACAAAUAAGUACCUAGGUCUUGACUCUGUGAACCCAGCAGACUUCAGAGGUACAGCCACAGAGAUGGAGAAGAAUGAGUGUGAAGAUCAGGACUCUGAGGACAGGUCCCUGAGCAAACAGUCGAUCCGGGAGCGGCGGCGGCCCAAGGAGAGGCGAAGAGGCACUGGCAUCAUCUUCUCCACAAAGGAUGAUGAAGAUGAAGUGGAUGGGAAUGAGGAGGUGAAGGAGGCUCGGCAUGAAAGACUUUCCAGGUUGGAAGCAGCUACAAACCCCACCAGCAGUGAGUCCUCCUACAGCGACCGUGCCUCCAGCCGCUCCAGUGCCUACAGCCGCAGGGAGAAUCGCCUGUCCGCCCUCAGCAGCCGAGCAGAGGAGGAGAGCAACAGGGACUACAAGAAAUUGUAUGAAAGUGCCCUGGCUGAAAAUCAGAAGCUGAAGUCAAAACUGAAGGAAGCUCAGCUUGAGCUGGCUGAGAUCAAAACCAAGCUGGAAAAAGCAGCCCAGCAGAAGCAGGAGAAGACCUCCGACCGGUCCAGCAUGCUGGAGAUGGAGAAGAGGGAGAAGCGAGCCCUGGAGCGGAAACUCUCUGAGAUGGAAGAGGAGAUGAAGAAUCUCCACCAGCUCAAACAGAUUCACACUCUGAGGCAGAUGAAUGAGCAACUGCUGGCUGAGAACAGAGCUCUGACCCGGGUGGUGGCCAGACUCUCUCUGCCUGCCAAGCCCUCGGAAUCAGAGGAGCUGUAG